GAUUUCGAACAUUUCGAGUGAAGAAAAUUCGAUUUUGACUUGUAACAAGAAAAAUAAAUUUUCCAAUCUAAUGGCUUGUACGGCGAGUAAAGUUCCCUUGUUCCGCACAUUAGUUGCUCGCGGGUAUGCAUCUCAACCUGCAGCAGCAGUUGCAUCAAAAUCUGGUGAGAUUCAUACAACAACUUUACCUAACAAGCUCUAUGUAGCAUCGACAGAAACUGGUUCAGCAAUUUCACGAGUUUCUAUCGCUUUUCGUGUUGGAGCCCGAAAUGAGACUUAUAACACUCAAGGAGCUUCACAUCUGAUGCGUAUUGCUGCUGGAUUGUCAACAAAAAAUGCUUCGGGAUUCGGAAUCACCAGAAACAUUCAACAAAUUGGUGGCAGUCUUUCAGUUACAUCAGAUCGUGAGAUGAUCGCUUAUACGCUAGAAGUCACUAGAGAUCAACUCGAGACAGCUUUACAGUUUCUCGAAAAAAUGGCCAUUGGACAAGUGUUCAAGCCUUGGGAAAUUUCCGAUAGCUUGCCUCGUUUGAAAGUUGACUUGGCUCUUGUCUCAGACCAAGUUCAUGCUGUUGAACUCCUGCAUAAAAUUGCUUAUCGUAAUGGCUUAGGCUACUCCAUCUUCUGUCCAGAACACCAAAUUGGAAAGCUCUCCUCCGAGACACUUCAGCAUUUCUAUGCAACCAAUUUCACUUCGAAUCGUGCUGCUGUUACUGGUCUGAAUAUCGACCACCAAAUUUUGUCAGGAUAUGCUCAGAAUCUUGCUUUAGAAACUGGCGCUGGUGCCAACAAUGUUUGCAAAUUUCACGGAGGUGCUGAUGGACGUUUAGAUAAAGGUGGACGUAGUGCAACAGUUGCCGUAGCAUCAAACGGUGGUUCAUGGGGAGAUAUCCAAGAAGGUCUCGCUUUUUCAGUUUUACAAUAUGCUGCUGGAGUUGCACCAGCCACAAAACGCGGUGCAUGCAACGGAGCUUUGACUAAAAUCAUUCAAGCUGCAGCACCAAAUUCAGCAGCCUCUGCUUUGAAUGCUGUCUAUUCAGACAAUGGACUUUUUGGAUUUAUCACAACUGGACCUGCUAAAGAAGUUGGCGCUGCUGUCGAAGCUGGAAUUAAAGCUUUGAAAUCAGCUUCAAUAAGUGAUCAAGAUGUAAUGCGUGGAAAAGCUGGAUUAAAAGCUGCCAUUGCUUAUGCGUAUGAACAAGAUUCAAGUUUACUUCAUGCUUUAACUGGACAAGCUCUUCUUGGCCAAACAAUGAAUCUUAAGACCAUUCUUGAUACUGUUGAGAGCGUUCAAACUUCAAAUGUCAAAUCUAACAUUCUCUGUAUGACAACUGAAACAAUUCCUUUAAGCAUCGGAGACAUUAACAAUAAUAUGACAACGGAUGCCAUUAACAAAACAACGUCAAACUUAGUGCUUCGCGAACACACAAUGACGGAAACGCCGGCUGCUCUAGCAAUUGAUCCUCCACUUCUUAGCCAUGUUGGUGAUGGAAUCUUUCUUCAAUCGAAGACAUGUCAAGUUUUGGCUGGAAUUGCUGUUUGGGUCGCUCUCUUCAUAACGUGUCAACAAAUUUAUCAUCAUCUCAGGUGGUAUACAAAUCCACAGGAACAACGAUGGAUUGUGAGAAUUCUAUUUAUCGUUCCAAUUUAUGCGACUUAUUCAUGGAUAAGUUUAAUGUUUUUCAAUUCCGAAAGCGUUUACAUUUAUUUUUUUACCGUAAGAGAUUGCUAUGAAGCAUUUGUAAUUUACAACUUUCUUUCGCUGUGCUAUGAGUACUUGGGCGGAGAAGGAAAUAUCAUGUCGGAAAUUCGGGGCAAACCCAUAAAAUCGUCAUGUUUAUACGGGACAUGUUGUUUGGCUGGAAAAACUUAUACCAUUGGAUUCUUACGCUUCUGCAAGCAAGCAACACUUCAAUUCUGCCUCGUAAAGCCUGUCAUGGCUUUUAUUAUCAUCUUUCUUCAAUCGAGUGGACAUUAUCAUGAUGGCGAUUGGAGUGCAAAUACCGGCUACAUUUACAUCACAAUCAUCUACAAUGUCAGUGUAUCUCUUGCUCUCUAUGGGCUUUAUCUCUUUUAUUUUGCCACUCGAGACUUGUUGACGCCAUUCGAUCCUGUUCUGAAAUUCUGCACUAUUAAGUCAGUGAUUUUUCUUAGCUUUUGGCAAGGCGUAGGCUUGGCAAUAUUGGAGAAAGGUGGCGUUAUUUCAUCGAUUGUUGACAGCGCUGGAAAUACCACGAAUGCCGGUACAGUGUCAGCCGGAUAUCAAAACUUUUUCAUCUGUAUUGAGAUGCUAUUUGCAGCUAUUGCUUUGCGCUAUGCUUUUCCCUAUCAGGUUUAUGCUCAAAGCUGUGUAACUGAUAUCCAUGGACGAUCUGUAACAAUGCAAUCAAUCUCAAGCAGCUUAAAGGAAACCAUGAAUCCAAAAGAUAUCAUGACUGAUGCGAUUCACAAUUUCCACCCACAGUAUCAACAAUACACCCAAUACAGUUCAGGCGGAAAGAAUUCACGUGGUAUUCGUGUGUCAUCAUAUGAUCCUGACGAAUCCAAUCAACAACAACCAACAAACACAGCACCUGGCCAACAAACACAACAGCCCGCAUUUAAUAGUGGACAAGCUAAAGCUGGAUCGGUUGCACAACCACCAACUCUGGGGUCAACUAGAAAAUUUUCCCAAAAAGUUUCAACAAUCAGCCAAAAUUAUAAUGAAAAAUCUAUGCUUUUGUCAAGUGACGAAGAAUAUCAGUAAUUCCUCAACACCCACACAAGAUUCAUCUCAGAUGAAUUGAUAUUUAAAAAAAAAAUUAAUCAGAAUUCAGAUAAAAAAAGUGCGACAUCGCAAAGAAAUUCACAUUUAAAUACACUUGCGUGUUUAUGUGUGAUGAAAUGUUUAUUAAAAUUUAAUCCAACAAAAAAAUUGAUGUAAAUUGUUCAGAAAGAAAAAAAGUAAUUGAAACAUUCAGAAUUUACAUUUAGAAAAAAAUAUGAAAAUGGAGAAAAAAAAUGUCCGGGAACAUCUUAAAACCGAAUUUUACUCUGACGAUAAUAAACACUUGGCAUAAUUUUGUUCUUUGGUUUAAAUUAAUCGUCUUAGUAAAAACGACGGUUAAACUGAUGAACUCUUAAUUGUAAUUAGUGAUAAUGAAAAUAAUAAUUUACACAAUUAAGUAAUUAAGGCAUUGAGGAAAGAUGUUGAAGAUAACAAUGAUGAGAUGAAAUAAAGAAGUAAAUUAUUUUUAGUAUUUGCAUGGAAUGAACCUCAAUUCUUUUAUAAGGAUACCAAUGAAAGAAUAUCGUUCAUACGUCAAAGAACCUUUCAAAUAAGGAAAAGCCUAAAGCCGAGUCUUGAUGCGUGAACGAUCUCUUACACACAUAGAAUGAUGGUUAAAUAUAAUUUCCAUUUGUAUAACCCUCAAGCAACACAUGAAAUCCAUUUAUUCUUGUCUCACAAAACUUGUAAUCAUUGUUAAAAUCUGUUAUAAAAAUGGAGAAAAGAUUCAAUAAAAAAGAAACUUUGAUUGU